GGAAGGAUGAUAACUUAUCAGCCCACCUGCGUUAGAGGAUAGACAAGUCUUUUAAUUCACUUUCGUUUCUGCACACACAUGCGUUAAGCCAGACUACUUGCAUCAACAUCUACUUUACACUGAUCAUGGAUAUAGUCGUAGACAUCGUGAAUCCCAUCCGGGGCAUCUACAACCUCAUUGACAGGACGAAGAACAAUAAUCAGCAAUGCCCCCAAGUUUUGGAGAGACUCAAAGCCCUGAAGAAACUGGCGAUUUACAUGUCACAGAAAGAGCCGGACCAACUCUCGGAAGAUGUGAACGAAGCUGUGGAGAAACUCAACAAAGUUCUGACAUCAGCUGCUGAGCUGAUCCGGAAAUUCGAGGGGGAAUUUAAGAUGACUCAGGUGGUGAAUGCUGGAAGCUACAAAUCCGAGUUCGACAGCCUGAACAAAAGUCUCACGGACUCCUUUGUGACUCUCUCUGGGGCUCUGCAUGUCCAGCAGGAGAAGAAGCUGGACGAGCAGGAGAAGAAGCUGGAUGAGCAGCAAAAGAAACUGGACGAGCAGGAGAAGAAACUGGACGAGCAGGAGAAGAAGCUGGACGAGCAGGAGAAGAAGCUGGACAAGCUGGACGAGCAGGAGGGCAGGCUUGCCGAGCAGGAGAAUAUGUCGCACGGGCAAAAGAAGAAGCUAGCCGAGCUGGAAAGAAAGCUGGCUGAACAGGACGACUUACUACAACGAGUGGACUCAAAAUUAACACUUGAAAGCCGAGCGUACUACUGUAUUAAGAGAGGCUUCACGUCCCACUACGGCAUUGGUGUGUGCAUGGACAUCCUCACUGGGCUGGUAGUGGACUUUGAGGUGCUACCCUCCUACUGCAAUGCUUGUGCCCUGAAAGAGUGUGCUAUAGGCGAGGUGCAUCAGCUGCGCUACACAGAGAUGCUGUCAGAUGGGGACAGUGCGGCAUUCAAGGAGGUGGUUGCUCUCAACCCAUGCCCUGGGCAUGAAGUAGUUAAGCUUGAGUGCAUAAAUCACGCUUACAAGCGCAUGGGCACAGCGCUUAGGAAACUGAGUGCUGAGCGUAAGUUAGGGGGCAAAGGUCAGGGUAAGCUCACGGCCAAGAAAUGUAAAGCCUUGUAG